AUGAGUUCAGAGGUAUUUACUUUUGCGGUUGCCCAGACGAUUAUCUUAGUGACGGAUUGGGAGAGACCCACGCUUCCACAGACAGUGACACGCCAAGCAUCAAAAUGCUCGAAUGGAGCUCUCUUCCUGAAAGAGAUUAUUGAAACUAAGGGCUUCCCUUCACCAAAUGAUUCUAGCACACGCUUUGCAAUGGCGCAUCAAGCGGAUGCCAAGCGCAUGCUCGAUGACCGGGGAUAUGUGGGAAGAACCAUUCACGACGUCAACCCAGCUCAUCUGCUCGAGAAGGCCGUCCGCGAUCGUAUCGUGGACAGCUACUACUGGAAAGAGCAGUGUUUCGCAAUCAACGAAGCAAGUUUAUGCGACCGUGCAGCUGAUAUGAGUUUCUUCGGUGGCACAUACGGCCAACAAAAGCCAGCACCUUUCCUCUGCCUUAUCCUAAAACUUCUACAGCUUCAGCCGGAGCGAGACAUCAUUCUGGAAUACCUUCACCAACGUGAUUUCAAAUACUUGACAGCCCUUGCUGCAUUCUAUGUCCGCCUGACAUUUGCUGCGAAAGAAGUCUACACUACAUUAGAACCUCUACUCGCCGAUUAUCGUAAGCUGAGGAGGAGAGUGCGGGACGGAAGCUACAGCCUCACUUACAUAGACCAGUUCGUGGACGAUCUUCUGACGAAAGAUCGUGUUUGUGCUACCAGUCUGAGAAAGCUGCCACCAAGAACGAUACUGGAGGAUUUGGAUCAAUUAGAGCCUCGGGAGAGCCCUUUGGGAGAGGAGCUGGACGAGCUUGAUAGAGAUGACGACGAUGAAGAUAUUACUGAAGUCAACGGGCAUGGCGACCAUGAUUCUGUGCACGGACGACUAGAACAGUCUGAGUCACCUUAA